AUGUCCUCUACCAAAGCCCUGUUCCAACCUCUUCAAAUCGGCGAUGUUACAGUGAAGAACCGUAUUCAUAUGGCCGCUCUCACCAGGAAUCGUGCUAAGGAUACAUACCCUUCAGACCUCAUCAAAGAGCAUUAUGUGCAACGCGCCAGUGCUGGCCUCAUCGUUACUGAAGCUAUUUUGGUAACGCGCCUGGGAACGGAGUGGCCCCAUGCACCAGGCCUGUGGGAGGACAAGCAUGUCGAAGGAUGGAAGAGCAUCGUGGACGCAGUGCAUGAGGCGGGUUCCAUUAUCUACGCACAACUUUGGCAUGUCGGACGUGUAGCGCAUCCCGACAUGGAGCAGCAGAAGCUCGCAGGAGAACCUGUGUACGGCCCUUCUGCAAUUGGUGCUCGAGGAGGAAAGUUCAGACUCCUUCCUGGCCAGCCCGGAUACGUCACACCAACAGCCAUUGAUGAUCCAUGGAAGAUCGUCGCAUUAUUCAAACGUGCCGCCGUCAACGCCAAAAAGGCCGGAUUUGAUGGUGUCGAAUUGCAUGGAGCAAAUGGAUACAUCAUUCACCAGUUUUUGGACAGCACCUCCAAUCAGCGCACCGAUGAAUGGGGUGGGAGCAUCGAAAACCGCGCACGUCUCGCCUUGGAGAUAAUCAAAGCAACGCAGGAGGUGUUUGGCCGCAAUGUUGCCAUCAAGCUCAGUCCUGCAGGAGGGUACAAUGACAUGGGCAUGCCUCUGCAGGAAACUCUGGACACCUACUCCUAUGUGAUCACCGAAGCUGACAAACUGGGCGUUUCUUAUUUCGCACUUGUCCGCUACGCUCUGUUUUUCGAUGUCGAAUAUGACGGCGUCCGCCGCGCAACCAAGCACGACGUGCUCGCGUCCUAUUCGCCCUACAUCAAGAACGCCAAAGUCAUCGUCAACUCGGGCGUAACCCCCGAAGAAGGCGAAGAGCUUGUCGCGGCGGGCAAGGCAGACGCCAUCUCGAUUGGUUUCAACUAUAUUACCCACCCAGAUCUUGUCGAGCGGGUUCAGCAUGGCAAGCCACUCGACAACAUCCCUGACAUGCCUCACAUGCAGACCAACAAGGACUCGGGUGACUGGAGGACCGGAUAUAAUGAUUACCCCACUGCUGUGUACUAG